AUGUCACAGAUAUCGCACCGCACUCGUGGAGUCUCUCGGCUUCUACCCUUUUAUCCAUUCCUUCUCACUCUCGUCAUUCUGCUAAUAUCAUUUCCACAGGGUAAGUUAAUCCCUCCUACGAUUGGUUUUAGUUAG